UGUCGAGACAUCAGGAAUGAGCUCUAGUCACACACUCUGGUUAAAUUAACCAGCCUUCCAAAAAUGAUUAGAAAAGCUGCUUUAAUAAGAGUUUUACAAGAGAUCUUUAUACAGCCGGAGGGAUUGACAGAAGAUCUCAGUCUUCAACAGGCUGAACUAUUUUCUAAGUCAAUGUGCUGAAAAUGUGGACGAGGAGGAAGGAAUCAAAAUGACGCGGCCUGAUGCUUUAAUCUCACUGGACGCUGAGACUGAUAUAUCCGCCAGAAAAAAACCAACUCUCGUCAGAUCCAAAACAUUAGACCCUUCACUCCUUCUGCAAGUCCAGAGGGACUCUGAAUCAAAGUGUGAACGCAGGAAACCGCAGACGGGACAGUUUCUGCGAACAAAUUCCCAGUACCACAAAGUUUUUAAAGACAUAAGUGAAGAUGAACAACUGAGACAGAGUUACACAUGUGCCUUACAGAAAGAUAUUCUGUAUCAAGGGAGACUCUUUGUGUCUGAUAACUGGAUUUGUUUCCAUUCCAAAGUUUUUGGAAAAGACACCAAGAUUGUGAUUCCAGUUUCCUCUGUGACAGUCAUCAAGAAAACAAAAACUGCCAUCUUGGUGCCAAAUGCGCUGGUUAUUUCGACAGCACACGAGCGGCAUGUGUUUGUCUCAUUUCUGUCUCGAGACACCACAUACAAGGUUUUGAUGUCAGUUUGCCCUCACUUGGUCGAGGAAUGUCCUGGGAUCAGUCAGAUUCCAUCACAGAGCAGCUUGAGAGGAAAUCAGACGUCUCUUCCCACAGAUCUCUCAGUGGAUUUGUCUGAUUUAGAUGCUCCAGUCAGACAGACGGAUCAACACAUGGAUGACAGCAGCAGCUCCGACUGUCCAGAGUCUCCAGAUUUUGAGAAAACCCCCAAAUUCCCCAAACGUUCGCAAACUUUCACUGACAAAUCUAAACAAGACAAUGAACUGGAUUCUCACCCACAACAACAAACUGAUACUACAACAAACCUGCAAUACAAUGGGUCAUCAGAGGUCAAGUUCAUGAAAACAUUGAGACCGGUUUCACUCUCCUUAAACACACUUGUGGUGGUCUAUCUGUCUCUUGUCUGUAUUCUGAUGUUGUCGUCUUGUUACAUGGCGUUUAAAAUCGUAUCUCUGGAGGAACGCCUGACAUCCCUUGUCUCCAUGGAGAUUCCUCACAAAGGAGAUGAAUAUGAAGGCUUGUUCACUGGAGAUCCAGCGGAGAUCUGCUCUGUGCUUUCUGCGAGUCUUGUGAAGUUGGAAAAGAUUCACAGAAGUCUGCAGAGACUGCUGGAAUCUGUAUCUGAUGAGUAAUGGACAAUUCUGCUAUCAUGAGUGAUGUCAAGGAGGAUGAAGGUAUCAUCACUCAGAUGUAAAAAACAAAAAAAAAAUCAAAAAAAAAAAUCCAAUAAUCAUUAUGAUUUGUCACAAUUUGAAUCUGUUCUUUGUGAUUCAGUUCAAGAUGUUUUAAAGUACUGUGUAAACAUUCUUCACACCCUCACCCUCAUAUACAACACAGGUGUUUUACAGGUGACUGUUUUAAUCAAAUAUUAGACGUUUGUUAUUUACUCAGUGAUGAAUACAAUCAUGAAACAAUCAUUAGAUGCUUCAGUGUGUUUAUACUGCAGUAUCUGAUGCUUUUAACCUCAAGCGUUUUUACCCAGCUGUUUUAAAUGAGUGUAUAAGAUUUAUAUUAGCAUGAACUAGAGUAAUUGGAUUGAAUUAAAUUGGAUAUAUUUUAUUUUUCAUAUUGUACAGAUAACACUUUGAGUUAGUGAAUCACAUUACAUAUGUAAAAUAAGAAUGAAAAACUGUGUAUUAGUGUCCUUUGAAGUGAUUAAUAAACACAUGUGUAUGUGCUUAUACAACAUGUCAGGAGGUGAAUUCACGUUAUCAUUCACAUGUUUUGUUGGUGUUUAUAUAAGUGCUCAGGAAUGUC